AUGGGAUUAAAGAAAAUUACAAAACAAUCAACUACUCCAAGAGGUUCCAAAAUCUUAUCUACUACAUUACUGCUUCUAUGUGUAUUUGGUCUGCUCAUAUUUACUUUCACUGAGGACUCUUCCUCAUAUGAUUAUGGCAAAAAGGGCAUGAACGAUUUAGCUUCUGAUCUAUUUGAAGAUAAUGAAAAUACCAAACUUACAAAUAAUAAGGUACCAAGCAAUAUGAAGGAAGAAAUUGAAUUGAAUUCCUUAAGAGUAGAAGAACAAAUCUCAACUAUCAGAGGAGAACUAAGUAACAUAGCACCAACCCAUAUUAAUACAAACAUUCGUGCCCCAACUAUCACCCCAGGUCUAGGUCUAAAUUUUGACGCUGAAAGAAAUUUCAAAGAAAUCAUCAAUACUUCGCCAGUAGUUAUAUUUAUUAAAUCUUCAGAUCCAGCUUCUCAUUACUUAAAGAAUUUACUCUUGAGAGAAUAUGAAGUUUCACCAGAAAUGGCAGUAGUCGACUUAGACAGACAUGUCCAAGGUCAAUUACUUCAAAAGUACAUUAAAGCAUACCAGUUAACCAGCGGUGAAAAUGGUAAUCCACCGGAAGUUCCAUAUUUAUUCAUCAAUGGUGUUUCAGUAAUUAACAAUGGCAUUGAAAAAGAUAUCAAACAAGCACAAACCAAAGGCAUUCUUCUAGAUAAAUUAAAGUCAUUUGCUAGUGAUAAUGUUAUGAUUCAAAAGAAAGAUAUGCCUUCAAAUUCAUGA